AUGUUCCGCGCUCGGCCAAACUCGUCCGUCCGACUGAAGUCUCGGCCAAAGUCCAAACCACUCGGCCGAUCACGCAUCGACGACGCGGUCGGCCACGCUCAACCGCGCACGACCAAAGCGCGCGAGCCGGGAAGUAAGCCUCGCGGCCGCGCAACUCCUUCCGUACCGCGCACGAACGCUCCGUCCGACCCGGGAAAGAACGCCCGCGUCCGGCCGAGAGAUUUCAUCGGCCAAAUCUAUCCGCUCGACCACGCCGACCGACCGUGA